CCGAGCGGCGCCCAGGGGACUGGAGGGAGGCACUGAGCAUGUGCAGAGUAGCUCGGCGGCCGCUGCCUGUGCCCGAGGCUGGGGCCCGGUGCUGCUACGAAAGGCUCGCUCGGCCUCUGGCCCAGCUCGGCCGGCCAGCGGGGCCGGGGCGCUAGCAAAGCCGCAGUAGCCUCCCCGCGCCCGGAGGAGUGGGCGCAGCGGUGCGCACCACUCGGCGGCCGCAGCGCCCUCGGGGCCCAUGAUGAUGGCGGAGCAGGUGAAAUGCGCCUCGCCGGGGGGCGGCUCCGGCGCGGGCUCCGGGCCGGUGGUGAACGCCGAGCUGGAGGUGAAGAAGCUGCAGGAGCUGGUGCGCAAGCUGGAGAAGCAGAACGAGCAGUUACGGAGUCGCGCGGCCAAUGCGGCCGCCGCCCCGCACCUGCUGCUGCUGCCGACGCCGCCGCCCACAGCGUCGCCGCCCGCCGGGGCCUGCAGCCCGUUGAGUCCGCGGAGCCCCCCGGCCGUGGCGACUGCCGCCACGGCCUCGGGGAGCCUGGGGCUCGGGCUGACGCUGGGCUCCGGGGGCUCCGGCAGCGGCGGCGGCUCCAGCCCCGCGUUCCCCGGGACCUACUGCCUGCCCAGCCCUGCGCCCUCCCUGCUCUGCAGCCUGGCGCAGCCCCCCGAGGCGCCCUUCGUCUACUUCAAGCCGGCCACGGGCUUCUUUGGCGCGGGCGGCGGCGUGCCGGAGCCGGGGGGCGCGGGGACGCCUCCUGGGGAAGGCUCCUCACCUCCCUCGCCGCCCCCCACGCUGCUGGACGAGGUGGAGCCGCUGGACCUGGAGAGCCUGGCUGCCUGGCGGGACGAGGACGACUACACCUGGUUGUACGUUGGCUCUUCCAAGACGUUCACCUCAUCCAAGAAAUCCCUGAGUCCUUUGCAGUGGUGUAGACACGUCCUAGAUAACCCGACUCCUGAGAUGGAAGCAGCAAGGCGUUCCCUGUGCUUUAGACUGGAGCAAGCGAGCCGAUGGCGGAGUCUCUUCUCCUCAACUGCCUCACUGCCCUUUCCUUAUAGUCCUGUUGCAAGACUCAGCCCUUAUAGCAAUGGCAUUAAUACUCCCAGCUUCUCUAAAACCUCCAAUAAAGCAAUACUAACACCUGAGAGAACAGGUUACACUUCCAGAGGCUCCCCUCUCAGUCCCCAGUCAUCCAUUGACAGUGAGCUGAGCACUUCAGAAUUGGAGGAUGACUCCAUCUCCAUGGGCUACAAAUUACAGGACCUCACUGAUGUUCAGAUCAUGGCUCGACUCCAAGAAGAAAGUCUCAGGCAAGAUUAUGCUUCUACUUCGGCCUCUGUGUCCAGACACAGUUCCAGCGUGUCACUGAGUUCAGGAAAAAAAGGGACGUGUAGUGAUCAAGAGUACGACCGCUACAGCCUCGAGGACGAGGAAGAAUUCGAUCAUUUGCCUCCACCUCAGCCUCGUCUUUCAAGAUGUUCACCUUUCCAAAGAGGAAUUCCUCACUCACAGACUUUCUCCAGCAUCCGGGAGUGUAGGAGGAGCCCCAGCUCCCAGUAUUUUCCUUCAAGCAAUUACCAGCAGCAACAGUAUUACUCACCUCAAGCCCAAACUCCAGACCAGCAACCAAACAGGACCAAUGGAGAUAAGCUGCGAAGAAGUAUGCCUAACCUAGCCCGGAUGCCAAGUACAACAGCCAUCAGUAGCAACGUCAGUUCCCCAGUUACUGUGCGAAAUAGUCAGAGUUUUGACUCAAGCUUACACGGAGCUGGAAAUGGAAUUUCAAGAAUACAGUCGUGUAUUCCAUCACCAGGACAAAUUCAGCACAGGGUUCACAGCGUGGGACACUUCCCCGUGUCUGUACGACAACCUCUUAAAGCCACGGCCUAUGUGAGUCCAACUGUUCAAGGCAUCAAUAAUGUGCCAUUGUCCAGCGGCGUACAGCUCUAUUCCAACACAGGCAUCCCCACCCCAAACAAAGCUGCAGCAUCUGGGAUAAUGGGCCGCAGUGCACUUCCAAGACCUUCUUUGGCAAUAAAUGGGAGUAACCUGCCUCGAAGCAAAAUUGCACAACCUGUGAGAAGUUUCCUUCAGCCCCCAAAGCCUCUGUCUUCGCUGAGCACUCUGAGGGAUGGAAACUGGAGGGACGGCUGCUACUAACACAGUGUAACGCUCCUUUGAAGAAUGGGAAAGUCGUGACAAUGAGGGUUGUGUUACCUAGCUGGCUGGGUAACGGUGGAUACUGGAAUCUUCUUUCCCUUUUGCAUUUGGACGUAUUUACUGCAUUGUUUUUCAAGGACCAAGCACCAGAGACUAAUGAUUGCACUUAAUAUCUGCCUGAGAUACUGCAGCGUUCCCAGACCCACAGUUGCAGUAUUGUGACAUUUAGAUCUAGGAAGUUUUUGUAGAACUGCUCUGUACCUGAAUACUUCUUGGGAGAAUUGAGAUGUAUCAAUAAUGCUUUGCCAUGUGAGUUUUUUAAAAUAACAUAUUCAAUUAAUUAUGUGUUUUAAACAUCUUCCCAUUCCAUGUUCUAUAUUUUAAUACAUUGCAUAUUCACAACUAGGUUCUAUAAUGUUUGCUUUGAAAUUUACUUUUUAUAGUUUACAGGAAUUUUUAUUUUUUUGUGCCUAUUUCUUUUUACACCUAUGUGAACCACUCUGGAACAACUUAAAUUUUGUGCCAUAAAAAUAUUUUUGUGGUGAGGUACUAUUUUUUUAGCUCUAGGGAUAUAUUGGCAAAAAUACACCCUGCAAUUUGAAAGACAUGCUUUUACGUUGAAUGAGCACAACAUAAACUCUAAAACAUUACACGGAGAUAGCCAGACAGCAGAGUUCAAUGGUCUUGUGUUUUUCAUUGUUAAUUUAUUAUCGUACAUGGGUUUCAUAUUUAUAAUAGCAUCACAAGCUCAUUGCACUUAGCACCUGCAAUGUUUGCUACUAUCCCACAAUUAAUUUUCGAUACUUUAUUACAAAGGAUGAAACUGUAAUGUUUUAUUAACAAUGCUUCUGGAAAUGAAUGCAUUUUAAAGCAAAUAAAUCUUUUUGAUAGACCUUUUACAAAACCCAUUUGCACUAAUGAAUGCUUUCUUAUGGUAUAUGACUUAAUAUUUGUUACUGUGUACACUGCUGUUUUGGAAUGAUCAAAAAUAAAGACUUUAUUUCAGCAA